GCGGGAGACAGGAAGCCAGAGAAAACUGCAGAAAACAAGGAUAUUCGGGCUCAACACGCGACCGGAAGCCUGGAAUUGUCCCGGUAUUUCGCCGACCUGGACCGCUCUCCUGAUGUUUACACCGGUUCUCUGGCUGCACGUGAUGAGCCGGUGUGUGUGUUGAAGCUGUGUCUUCCCUCCUGAGCGGUGUGUGUGUGUGUGUGUGUGUGUCACAUGGAGGCGGUGCUGAAGAACCUGGCUCACACGGCGGAGCUGCUGGCCGUGGCGGCUCACAGCGACGUGGUGCGGCAGUGGGACCGGCUGACCGUGUCCAGAGCCUUCCACUGGGCCCGCUACUGCGAGCUCCUCUUCUCCAGGUUCCACACCAACCCCGCCAUCAGGAGGGCGAUGGAGCAGCAGCUGCAGCUCACCGGGGAGAGUCUGCGAGCUGCCAUCCCGGCUCACACCGAGCUGUCCUUCCUCGACCUGCCCCGCUGCCAGCACCUGUUGCUGGUCGGGUUGCUGAAUAACCCAGAACUGCCCUGCUCCAUCUUGAAGGUCCUGUUUGACCCUGCAGGUCCCUCAGAUGCCACGCCCGGGGAGUAUGAGGAUGUCACCGGCCUCUGCAGCAGCAUCAUUCAGUGCAGAUCAGCCUGCAAAGUCCUGAGUGCUGUGGCAUGCCGGUCCGCUCUCGGUGCUGAUGCUGAGGUGCAGGGCGGGAUGCUGAUGGAGAGGCUGGACGCCCUGCUGAGCCGGGGCAGUGACAAUCGCAGAGCCGAGCAGUUUCUAGGCUCUGUCCUUCAGGGUUUCGGAGCAGCGGAGCAGCAAUUCUGUCUGGUCAUCUCUGCUGCUCUGCUGACGAGGACAAACUCCGCUGCACAAACUGCUUCACAGGAUUUUCUCCUGAACUGGCUGCAGAGCGAGCACAGUGUGCUGCAUCGCAUGUGUUCCACUCUUCCCGCCGCGCUGCUUGCAGACCUGGCAAAAGAACACCAGAAGUUUAGCAGUGCGUACUUCGAUGUCCUUAAAACCUGGGCCUCGGGCAUGGAGUACGACAUAAAUGAUGGCGAAUGGGUUCAAACCAGCACAAACUGCACAGUAACAUUUCAGAAACUGACGGAGCACUUCUCCGCCUUGUUGGAGUCCACUCCUUCUGUGAAGACGAAUACAGAAAACAAACUGCAUGCUUUGAAGGUUUCAGAUGGAGACUUUGAUGUCAGGGGUCUCAGUGUGUGGGGAGACCUCCUGUUAGCUUUAAACAAAGUGACUGCCGGCCUUCAAAGUUAGAAAAUUAAAAACUUAAAGCAGUACUCACAGAGACAGACGGCUGUGACUGAUGAAUCUCCAUCAGUUGUUCGCUCACACUCAGGUUAUGUUUGCUUCUGUUCAAACAAUAGCAGUCGAAUACAGAAAUGUAAACAAACAAACUUCCAUUAAAGACUUGUGUAGUCAGGACAGUAUCAUAAUUUUAUCGUGUUACUGAAACCCGGCUUCAUAUCAGAAUUGGUACCAAAGCCUUUUACACUCUCUGCAGUAUCUUUUGUUGUGAAAACUUGUAAUGAAAUGUGCAAUUUUUUUUUCAAAGGUAUGAACAAGAACUGCAAGUCAGAGGGAGAGAGAAUUUUAUUAAAUUAUAGCCUUUAAGACUUGAUGCAAGUGCAUCUGGGAAAACAUGAAAAAGUUAAUUGUCUUGUCAUUUAUUUGGAAACAUAACCUACAUUAAAACAUUUCAGUUGUUUAUCGUAAGGCCAAAUCGGUGGUGUAGUGGUUAGCACUGGCCUCGGAGCAAGAAUAUGUCCUGUUUGAGUCCGGGGUGGGCUUGUUGGCCCUUUCCGUGUAUAAUUUUUAUGCUCUUGAAAAGGCUUCAAAAAGUAGUAAAUGCAAAUUAUAGCACAGUUUCACUAUCAGAUUAUUGGAAAAAUAAAUGUUUUCCUUUUUUUUUUUUUUUGAGCUACACUUGAAUCCACCCUGUUCAAAAACUUUGAAGCAUACAGUUCUGUGAGUUUCAUACUUAUUUCUGUUGUCAGAUAUCCAAGAUAUUGGAGCAUUCCUCUAUGCUGUAAUAACAUUGUGGGACAUUGGGACGCAGUAUGUUAUGCUGUAUUUGUUCCUUCUGUUUUCUCAUGAGAACAUUUAAUAUCAACGAGGUGGACGUUGCAAACUUUGAACAGACUUUGAAUGAAUUUACAACAGUAGAGAUAUUUAACAGAGAGUGAUUUAUAAUCACAUUCACCUCUGUGUUUGAAGCUUGAAUACUGUUACAUGUACAGUGAAGACUGUUCUAAUUUAUUUAUUUGUUUCAUUUCAACAAGAACUUUCCCCUGCAAGAGAAAUCAGUGUUUGUCAUUGUGGCUGUUAGAAUUAAAAUAUGUCGCACCAGACUCAUUCUUUCACACUGUUAAAACUUGGUGAAACAUUUGCUGUGUGAUGCUGGAACGAGUUGAUUUUUUUAGUCAGUAAAGUUGGAUAUUUAUUGAACUGCACAUCUUGCAGGGUUUGGACAGAUGGCUGCUUCACAUGCUGUGUGUAGGCAGCAGCAGCACGUGAUCACAG